ACAAUUUUAUGACAACAAUUCAGUGAAACAUUGUCAACGGUAGAUUUAAUUCAGAUAUGUGUAUAUUUUCGACAAAAUGUCCACAAAAGUAACCAGUUUCGCACUAAAACACACAAUUGACACACCAACGAGGACUUGUAAAGGAUCAAACCAUAAAAGUGAGAGAACCCACAGGCAUGUACCAAAGAAAAUUAUCACGUCAAAGAAACCAAUUAUUUGCGCGGAAAGCAAAAGCUGUUCGAGCUGCGUCAGUAGUAAAUGCGCUGCGAAGCCAAAGAAGACAACCAAAUCUGACCCAACAGUCACCAAGAAGUUCCAACACAAUGUUGUGGACUACUGCAAGAAGUGUGGAGAUGGGAAGAGUAACAACGGGUCUAAAGAGAAGAUCAUGUCCAUUCUCAGUGCUGCUAACGUCAAAUGUGUGAGGAACGACAACAGUGUCAGGAAAACCACCAGAAAACCAUCGAAACCAGUUCAACAAUAUUACAAGAACGAGAACUUCCACAGGUACGAGGAAUCCGUACACGACACUAGUAAUAAUACGAAGAAGAAUGCUUCACUAGAAACUAUAAGAGAAGUGUCCGAGAUGCACGCCACAAUAUCUGAAGACUCAAUAUUAAGAGUGUUUUCAGACUCUGAUGAAGAUGUAACAUAUAUAGAUACAAAUAACGAAGAAACUAUUAAAAAACUAAAAGAGUUUCGGCAGAAAAACUAUUUCGAGUGCCAUUCAGCGCAAUCCAGGAUAAAGUCUAAAGUAAGUGCCACGAGUUUGAAAGAACACAAAUGCGUCUACAGGUUUUAUUUGAACGAGCGAUUAUUUCCCGUUCCAUUGAACACUGAUUACAACAAUAAGGUUCGUUGCGUGGAGUGUCAGUUACCAAUGGAUGUUAAACAGGAACUGACUGGAGAUAAAAUUAAUGGGACUAUUCAAGCAAAGGUUAAACUCGGUUCAGGUGACGCCCAGGAUAUGCUACUUCUCCUUCCAGUGAAGGACUCUCUUAUCAUUGAAGAGAGAAGAAAGGAGAUCAAACAGAACAAUGAGUACGUUUACUUUGGAGUAGUGAAGCUGUCUGCUAAUGGGAAUUCCAUUUUUAGAAGAAAUUUACCAGUCAAUUCUUUAGCACUGAAAUAUCAGAAAGGCUAUCAGGAAUACCAGGAGAGUCGCAACUUCACGUACCAAGAGAUCAAAAGUGAUGACAUCAUUAUAAUUUAGGAAAAUUUCCAAGUUCUGCUUGUUGUUUAUUGGCUGCUACAAAUUGAUAUUGUUCCAUGGUAUUAUGAACUUUGGGAGCGGAAUUUUGGGAUGUGAUGCAAAGAUAUUUUUGUUUUCUUCUAUAAUACAGAAUUCGCUGUAUAUUUAUUUUAUUCUCAAUAAACUUUGUUC